UCGACAGACAGCGGGCUUGACUCAGUGCUGCCCUGUGAUUGGCCAGUCCGACUAUGCGCCGAUGUCAACAGAGAGGUUGUAUUCAUAAACCACUGGACUAGUUUCCCAGGAUUGAUCUUCCUCUGAUCAUCAGUUUGUCCAAAAUUCCCUUACAGACGAUUACCUAAAAUACAGUCCUGCGACAUUACAGGAAGCAAGAAAAACUCUUGCCGUGAUCUGACCCUCCCAGGACUCCGUAACUGUGCAAGUUCCAGGCAGUGUCAUGGCGAGUAACCUCAUCUCCAAGUUGUUUCGUCCCCCUGCGUUCACAGUGCUUGCGGCGGCGCUCCGGUCCCGGGGGAAUGUGGCUGCAGUUACGGGAACAAGACUUCUGUCCAGUGACCCUCCUCCGGAGAAGAUCAGCCGCUACCCUGUCCCCAACAAGAAAGACUUGCCUUAUGAUAUAGUGGAGCUCAUGGAGGAAGUUGAGUCCAAGGGAGGCUUUUUGCCAAAUGUCUUCAAAGUGCUCUCUCACAGGCCUGCAGAGUUCAGAGCUUUCUUCACCUACUACAAUGAACUAAUGAACAAGGAGACAGGCAGUUUAACCAAGGCAGAUCGUGAGCUGAUUGUAGUCGCAACCAGCAUCCACAACAAGUGUCUUUACUGUGUGGUAUCCCACAGUGCACUGCACCGCAUCUUCUCCAAGAAGCCCACUCUGUCUGAUCAGGUCAUUACUAACUAUGAGAACGCAGAGCUGGGACCUAGGGAGCGCGCCAUGCUGGACUUUGCAAUGGCCGUGUGUCGCAGCGACACCAUCACGGAGCAGCACUUCCAGUCUUUAGAGGAAGUAGGCUUUGACCACGAGGAUGCCUGGGACAUCGCUGCCAUCGCCGCAUUCUUUGCCAUGUCCAACAGGCUCGCCCACCUCACCGACAUGAGGCCGAACCCAGAGUUUUACAACAUGGGCCGUGUUCCCAAGGACAAGAGCAAGGAGAAGGCAGGGGGGGAGCACAAGUGAAAGAGACACAAACAACAGUCCUGCUCAACGCUUGUGUUUGUGUGUGUGAGUGUGCUUUUGAAGGAGAGAAAGAGAUGGGCCUGUCUAUAACUCCAGGACUCUGUUACAUGCGGACCGCUCUUGUCUACAAAUAAUUUACGUGGUCAAUUGAUUACCUGAGGGCGAAUGUCUGAUUUUGUAAGUUUGUUUAUUUUCUUUGACAUUUAGAAUUUUUGGUGUAAGUUUUUUAUUUGACACUUGCUGUGGUGGUCGUGGGGGGGAUUGAAAUAUUUGUGCAGUUGUAUGUUUGCAGUGUAAUGAUAAAGUUCAUAAUAGUAUCAGUUGUUUUUUAACUCUAUUAAAUAAGAUCUGUUCAUAUAUAUUAUAUUUUAAUAUACAAAGACACUUUUAUAUUAACACCCAUGAUAAAUAGCUUAAAUUCAGUCCCAAGGCAACUGUUUAUCUUCUUGUUUAUGAAAUCAACUGAAAGAAUCUUUAUCACCAUGUGCUGCAGAAUGAUGUGUUUAAAAUUAUUUACCAGCUCAAAAUCAUCUUUUCUGCUAAAUAAAAAUGUUCUUGACACUAA